AUCGUGAUUCGCUCUUCAUUUGUGCUGUACCAUAAGCCUGGUUGUCGGGCUGUCACUAGGGACUUGAUCGGAACCGUGUAUCCGGGCAAUAACCGGCUCCCGGGCGCUACUGCGUGUGCGUGGAUGUACACCGUACGCACGCACAAACGGACAAACGCACGUACAACAAUAAUAUGGACUAAAUAUCCAUGCGUCGCCGGGCUUGACAACUUUUACCGCAAAGAGGCAGAUCGAAGGUAUCGUAACAAUUUGACGCUGAAGUUGAAAACACAAAGGCGUAUAAUUUUCCAGCCAAUUCUUAGACGGCGUGUAGAGCGGCAACGGCGGACUCUGGCAGCGUUUUUGGUUUUCGGCUGCGUGAGCCGAGUCGGAGCGGAGCAGGGCGGCGUGGUUCGGCACCGAGGGGUCCGCAAAUUGCAGAGCGCAGUACGGAACGGCAGAAGUUGCGUCGAAGUCUCGCAGUACGGCGUCAACCGCGAACGGCGAUGGGUGUGUCGAGUGCGGAUGUUUAUUACGACGGCUCGCGAGUCUUCACGUGGCUCGCCGACCUGGCCGGCCUCCCGAUUGACCAGAUGAACUUCCUGGUGACGCAAUUCUCAGCACUGGGACUAGCUGCCUUGUUGAGGUCUUCGCUGAGCCCACGAGCCGUUAGUCCCGCCACAAGGCAUGCCUUCGGCUUGGUUCUCGGCCUCUUCUUUGGUUACUUCAGUUUCGGCAAGCAUGCGGUGCAUUUGGCGGGACUUCCGGCUCUCUGCUACGUCGUCAUGCGGACUCAUAAUCCUCGCAGUGUGCAAAGGGCUGUCCUUUUCGUCGCACUUCUUUAUCUCUCCUGCAUACAUUUUCACCGCCAAGUAUACGACUACGGUUCUUACACCCUAGACAUAACAGGUCCGCUGAUGGUGAUAACACAAAAGGUAACGAGCCUUGCCUACAGCGUCCACGACGGAAUGACACGCAAGGAAGAGGAACUCACUCCCUCGCAGCGAUAUCACGCCGUCAAAAAAAUGCCGACGGCCCUUGAGUAUUUCGCUUACGUAUUACACUUUCAAGCGUUGAUGGCUGGUCCGGUGAUUUUCUACCGCGACUACAUUGAUUUUAUCGGAGGUCACAACAUUUAUGGCUCAAAAACAUUAGCAGGCUACACGGACAAGAAUUUGAACAGCAACGAGAUCGUCUUGGAACCUUCGCCACGUUUAGUUGUGGUAAAGAAGGUUACCGCCAGCUGUAUUUGUGCUGUAAUAUUUGUCUCUUUCAUACCAUCGUUUCCGAUACAAAAAAUCAAAGAGGAUGACUUUAUCGAGAAUACGACCCUCGGUUACAAGGUGGGCUUUCUCAUGGUGUCCACGAUGCUUGUUCGCUUCAAGUACUAUCACGCGUGGCUCUUUGCUGACGCCAUAUGCAACAAUUCGGGCCUCGGCUUCAAUGGUUACAAUGUCGACGGCACCGCGCGCUGGGACCUGAUUUCGAACGUCAACGUACUUAAGUUCGAAACCGCGCUUAGCCUGAGGGACAGCAUAGAGCAGUGGAACAAGGGUACCAAUCGGUGGCUACGCAUGAUCGUUUACGAAAGGAUCAAAACACACAGCACCAUCCUCACCUACGCAUUGUCCGCUCUAUGGCACGGUUUUUAUCCUGGCUACUACCUCACUUUCGCUGGAGGGGCGUUAUUCACCUUCGCAGCGCGAUCCACACAUGUACCUUGCCCCGCACAUUUUGGCACUGGCAGUUCUAAUUCUUUUGCCGAAAUUGUCGGGGCUAAUGCGGCAUCAGAAGAUUACCACUGCUGCCGCUGCAGCUGCAGCCUCGGACAUUUCUACAAAAAAACAUAUUUCGAAUGGUCACGGUGGGCCGGUUACUGAGCGCAUGGCUCACGUUGCCCACCUCGCACAAAAGGCUCAGUGAAUCGAUUAUUGCACAAAGCUGGACAACUGUAAUUCUAAUCUACGUAUAAUACCUACUGCUAAUCAUAAGUUUUAUAUAAAGCAACAAAUAUUUUUAUGGAUAUAUUAAUAAAAAUUACAACAUAUUGUAUACAUCCGUGUUCGUAAGCGUUGAGCUUAGAGGGUAGAGAUCAGGUGCGCGCAACUGGGAUCUAUCUCAGGUUCAUGCUGAGAAAAAAAGGAUGAGUGGAAAAAGGGGAAAAAGAAGUGGAGAGACAAAUUCAGUACGGUGCAACCAUUGUGAUACAACAAUUUCGAAAAUUUAUUUUUAUACCGAGCGUUUUUGCACAAAUUUACAGAGCCCUCCAAAUCGACAGUAUUUACUUGUUUCAAUAAUUGAGGUAUCCGGCGCUGUGAGCGUGUGAGCGAACCACAGAAUUCUCUACAGAUUCGAGAUAGUUUUUUUAAUUACUGACUGACUAUUUGUUUUUAUCUUUUUUUUUUUUUUAUCUCUUGUCAUAGAUAAGAUUAGAGAUAGCCGAAUGUUUAAAUUAUAUAACGUGUAUGAUGUAUGUUCUUUCAAUAUGAAAUGUGGGUGGGGUGCAUUUGAUUGAAACAAUGUAUUGUUUCGUAAAAAUGUGAGCAUUUUUAACUUGGAAGAUUUGUAAAUUUGCGUAAUUUCAAUUUGUUCCCCUCCCCCUUUUUUUGGAUACCCCAUACGUACCUAUAUACACAUUAUGACUGAUUCGUAUUGAAUUAAGCUAUGUAGCAGAUACGCACAUACGUACAUAUGUUUGUAUAAUUUGAAUACUUUUUAUAAAUAUUUGUAUCUAGAAAGAAAAAAAUCCCAACAAAUACUUGAUCUCACUAUUGAGUGGAGAAGAGCGUGGUUUUUUGUAUUGCUUUAUUUUGUUUCAUUAAAAUUUUAUUAUUAUUCAUCGUAUCUCACAA